CAACCAAGCCCCUUACCAUGCUAGUUUCUCUCAGACCCAAAGUUAUCCUCUUUGACCUUGAUGGAACGCUUGUGAACUCCACCCGCUGCGUGGAAAAGGCGUGGCGCGUAAUUUGCAAAGAGCACGACGUGGACGCCGAGUACUUAUUCGAGCACUCUCACGGAGUCAGAACGGAAGAGGUGUUCAAGGCACACUUCCCAAACAUUCCAGCAGACCAGCGCUCCAUUGCUGCCUUUGAAAGCACUAUCUAUGGAGACUAUGCUGACGAUGCGGAGGAGAUCAUGGGCUCGCGCGAGUUGCUCCGUGCUUUGGACGGCGACGCGGCGCUCACACAGAAAUGGGGUAUUGUCACCUCUGGUACCCGUGGCUUGGCCACUACCUCCAUCUCCAAGGUUCUCAAAUUGAACCGUCCGCCGCGCGUAUUUAUCACCGCCGAACAAGUCACCAAGGGCAAGCCUGACCCGGAGGGGUACAACCGCGGGUUUGAGUUACUUAGAAAGCAGUUGGACCAUGCACCUGAGGAAAACUUGGAGGCGAUUGUCUUUGAGGAUGCUCCUGCUGGUAUCAAGGCCGGUGUGUCCUCCGGUGCCACGGUUAUUGGGAUCACCAGCACGUUUGACAAGGAGGCAUUGCUCUCUGCGGGCUGCACGUAUGCUAUCAAAGACAUGACCAAGGUCAAGGUAGUGGCCAACUCUCGCAGGGGUUACUUUUUAGAAGUGGAUGUUUUGUAAAGAUGGUUCAAUGAAAAGACCCCUUGGUUUUUAUAGAAUGGCCCUUCCCUUGGAUUUUAGAGCAUGCAGUAAAAAGGGUUAGGCAAAAGUCUCGUAUAGUUCCUUAGAUAUGAUCUGGAUCUAGAAAGGAGAUAUGCAUAUUUGAGCUUCCUUUCUGUAGUUAUGGAUCAAGAGAAUAACAAUAUUAUUGCUGAAGGGU